AUGUGCUCGGGCACUCAGAACAUGUUGAGUAUGACAGGAACUUCAGCCUGGAUGUAUCAGCAGAUGAGGGACAUGUACACAGGCUGCCAGAUCGUCAUGGGCAACCUGGAGAUCACCCACAUGGAGCACGACCGUGACUUCUCCUUCCUGCAGUCCAUUCGUGAGGUGACGGGUUAUGUCCUGAUAGCUAUAAACCAGUUCAAGCGGCUUCCACUUGAGCAGCUACGAGUGAUCAGAGGAUUGUCUCUUUAUGAUAGUCAGUACGCUCUGGUAGUUUUUCUCAACUUCCAGAAGGAUGGAGUUUAUGGUCUGCAGGAGCUUGGUCUUACUCAUCUAACAGAAAUUCUGGAAGGUGGGGUACAGAUUAUACACAACAAAUUUCUGAGCUAUACACCACAAAUCAACUGGUUGGACAUUAUGAAGAACAGCAGCGCUAAAAUCGACAUUGACCUCAACGGACCUGAAUUGCCAUGUGAUCAUUCUUGUGAUGGUCAUUGCUGGGGACCUAACAGAGACAACUGUCAGACUUUGACUAAAACAGUGUGCGCGCCCCAGUGUAAUGGCCGAUGUUUUGGCCGAAGCCCCAGUGAAUGCUGCCACAUUGAGUGUGCAGGAGGCUGCACAGGACCACAGGAUACUGACUGCUUUGCCUGCAGAAACUUUAAUGACACCGGUUCGUGUGUACCUCAGUGUCCUCAGGGUUUGAUCUAUAACAAAGUGACGUUUAAACUGGAGGCGAACCCCAAUGCUAAAUACCAGUAUGGUGUAGUCUGUGUAGCCCAAUGCCCUUCUAAUUUUGUGGUCGAUGGAAGUUCAUGUGUUAGCAAAUGCCCUCCUGAUAAAAUGGAGGUGGACAAGAAAUGGGUGAAGAGGUGUGAACCAUGUGGGGGACUUUGUCCUAAAGUGUGUGAAGGUACUGGUGGGCCCAACAGAGAGACAGUGAACUCUCAGAACAUUGACAGUUUUAUAAAUUGCACCAAGAUUCAGGGUAGUCUCCACUUCCUCAUCACAGGCAUUAAGGGAGAUGCAUUCAGAAAAAUUGCAGUUUUGGACCCCAAGAAACUCCAAAUCUUUAACACAGUCAGGGAAAUCACAGAUUUUCUCAGCAUUCAGUCGUGGCCAGAAGAGAUGGAAGAUCUGUCAGUCUUCUCCAAUCUGACAACCAUACAAGGCCGGUCCCAUUACAAAGGUGUGGUGUCCAAGAGAGGUUACUCACUUCUGGUGAUGGGAAUUCCAACCCUAAAGUCACUGGGGCUGCGCUCUCUGAAAAGGAUAAACGACGGUGGCAUCUACAUCACACGAAACAAACAGCUUUGCUACCACCACACUGUCAACUGGACUCGUCUGUAUGGGACAGGUCCAAGAGCCCAGCGUCGCCAGAAAUACCUCGACAUCAGAGAAAACCACUCACUGGAAGAAUGUGUCAGUGAGGGCCAUGUAUGUGAUCCACUGUGUUCGUCUGAUGGCUGUUGGGGUCCUGGGCCAGACCAGUGUCUAUCCUGCAAAAAUUACAGCAGAGGAGGAACCUGUGUGUCACAUUGCAACUUUCUGGAAGGGGAAAAGCGGGAGUUUGCAGGGCAGAACGGAGAGUGUAUGCCAUGUCACUCGGAGUGCGCUGUACAGGAGAACAGACCAACCUGCCGAGGACUGGGGGCAGAUCAGUGUGAAGUCUGUUUAAAUCUGCAGGACGGACCACACUGUGUAUCUUCAUGCCCAGACGGGGUUAUGGGAGAACAAGGGCUUGUCAUUUUUAAGUUUUACAAUGGCCAAAGGAAAUGCCAGCCCUGCCAUGCCAACUGUUCUCGCGGGUGUACCGGACCAGGCUUGGGAGACUGUCUGGAUCGGAAAACAUCUGGGUUGCCAGUGACUGCAAUUGCUUUGGGUGUUAUAGCAUUUGCCUUGGUGGGAUUCUCUGUGUUUGUGAUGACGGUUCUGUAUCGCCGCAGCCUGGCCAUCCGACGCAAACGUGCCAUGAGGAGAUACCUAGAGAGUGGAGAUAAUUCUGAGCUAUUGGAUCCUGGGGAAAAGGGAACAAAGGUUCAUGCUCGCAUUCUGAAAGCAUCUGAACUACGGAAGAUGAAACCUCUGGGUACAGGAGUAUUUGGGACUGUCCACAAGGGUGUGUGGAUUCCAGAAGGAGACACAAUAAAGAUUCCAGUGGCAAUAAAGACUAUUCAAGAUCGUACCGGACGGCAGAGUUUUCGUGAAGUUACAGAUCACAUGUUGGCAAUGGGCAGUUUGGACCACCCAUACAUCGUGCGGCUCUUAGGAAUUUGUCCAGGUGACUCUUUAGAGUUGGUCACCCAGCUGAUGCCACAGGGGUCCUUAUUGGAGCAUAUCAGGCAGCGCAGGGACAACCUCAACCCACAGAGGUUGCUCAACUGGUGUGUGCAGAUUGCCAAGGGAAUGUAUUAUCUUGAAGAGCAGAGAAUAGUCCACAGGAACUUGGCUGCUCGGAACAUCCUUCUCAAGAGUGACUUUAUGGUCCAAAUUGCUGAUUAUGGAGUCGCUGAUCUGUUCUACCCAGACAAUAAGAAAUUAUACAGUGAAGUCAAGACCAGCCAGACACCAACCAAGUGGAUGGCUCUCGAGAGUAUUUUAUUCAACACAUAUACACAUCAGAGUGAUGUGUGGAGCUAUGGUGUGACUGUCUGGGAAAUGAUGUCAUAUGGGGCAGAGCCGUAUUCUGCAAUGAUACCACAAGAAGUUCCAGACCUGCUGCAGAAGGGCGAGCGCCUCUCUCAGCCUCAGAUCUGCACAAUUGAUGUGUACAUGGUCAUACUAAAAUGUUGGAUGAUUGAUGAGAAUGUUCGACCAACCUUUAAAGAGUUGGCCAACGAGUUCAGCCGAAUGGCUCGAGACCCACUCCGGUACCUUGUCAUCAAAGGGGACUGUGUUGCUCCUGAUCCUGCCUUAGAUGAACCAUACCAACGUGGCACACAAAUGGACAUUCUGGGUUCAGGACUGGAGGACCAAGAAGAUGAAGCACUGGACGAUGGCAUGACCACACCCCCUGUGUACCUCACUCCAUCAAAAAGUCUUUCUAUACUACCCCAUAGGGCCAGUUUUACCUCACCCUGUCCAACUGGUUACCUGCCAAUGACCCCAAGUGUGGAGGGCUCCAUGCAGAUGGUGUGGCCGCGGUCACGGCUCAAUUCCACUCGCACAAUCUCUGAGAGUUCAGAUGGCCGUGGCACCAUGGUAGAACUGGAGAUGAAUGAAGACAUCCUAUCGAUUGGUAGUAUGAGAGAGGGGCGACACAGGAAAGACAGUGCUUAUAUGUCACAGAGGGACAGCCUAUCAGGCCCUCCGGACACACCAAUCCCUGAUACUCCCUCUCCGUGUACAGAGGGAGAGGAAGAUAAAAAUGGAUAUGUGUUACCAGGAUUAAGUGACAGUCCAGAGAGAGAGACUGUGUUUUCCGUGCCUCCUCGUGUUGCACGGUCACAUGGGAGAUUGUCUACAAGUAAUUCACAGGAACUGUUAGAGGAGCAUGACAGUGCUGAGGAAGAAUAUGAGUACAUGAACAAUCAAAACCUCCCACCCAGACGCAUUCGAGGCCAGCGCUGUCGGCGAACAGCAUCCACGCGCAGUUUCACAUCCCAUCACCCUGGUGCCAGCUAUUCAAACAAUCGAUCAUCCAUACAGGGUUCAGAGAGCAGUGGGGGGCUAUCUCAGUCAUCCUCAGAUGAGAGAAGUCGAAGCAAUGGGGACCUCCUCUCCAGUGAAGCAGAGUAUGCAGAGGCUGACCUGGACCAGGAGCUGCAGUAUGAAUACAUGGAUAUUCGUAGUGGUCCAGGGGGUGCAGCAUCCAAACCUACUGUCAGAGCUGAGCCCCUAAGACCAGGCAGUAACAUUUCGUCCAGGAAAUCUCUGGAUAAAGAUGAUCAUGAAGAGGAAGAGUAUCAGUACACGAACCAUCAGCCCAGGUUGAGGCGCUCACUAAUGCUGAAAGGCUUGGUGAAGGGGGAGGGAGAAGUGUAUGAAUACGAGGAAAUGGACUCUCUGGUUGCAGGAGCAAGCUCAGGAUCUGAGUACCAGAACCUUUAUGAGGCAGGGGAACGGGAGGAAGUCCAGGUCUCUAGAGUAAGGCCAAGUGUUAAUGUGUGUUCAGGAGCGAGUGUUGGGAAGGAGGGGUCAGACAGGUAUUACGACAAUCCUGACUACUGGCACAGCCGAUCAUUUUCUAAAGCUAAUGCUGUAACUACUUAAGAGAGAUUAAAAAAGGAAGAGUAAAAUUGAUUUAAUACAAGAGUAAACUGUGGCAUUAAAGUUAGUCAAAAAUAGAAAAUUAGCAUUAACUCAGCAGAAGUAGCAAUCUCAAAAGCACUGGACAUGACAAUGACCAGUAUAGUCUUGGUAAUAAAGGAAAUUUUAUUAUGUAAAGUAAAAAAAACCUUUUAUACAGCUAAUAUACUCGCAUUUACUCCAGAUUUGCAAUAUGACGUGUUAUGCUAUUUCAAAAAAACAAUUAUUUUAGUGCCAGUCUUACAAACAGUAUACUUUAUAAACACGAGUAGAGAAGCCAAGCAGAAAGGAUGUUCCACCAAGAGUAUACAAAGGUCGAACUGGAUCCUACAUCUAUAUUUAUGGCCCAGGAAUCAGAUUUGGACAUGUGAGAGACAGAAGAGUAUCACACAAAAUCUGUUGAGAUCGAUCUAUUAAAUCAGUAUGUCUGUUACAGGUGUUUAUUCAGUCUUCUACAUUACAGCAUGGCAGCUUACAGUCCUUAAACUGUACCAAAUGUGCCCUAAGUAGAGAUGAAUCAUUCAUAAUACUAUUUUUGUACAUUUUGUAUAUCAUAUUCAUAUCUGCUUGUAGCAAUUUAACAGUAUCAGUGCCAUUAUUACAAGCACUUACAGAACUGUUUUUCUUUAUUUUCUGCUAACAUCGUGUAUUAGUCACAAUAUGCAAUGAAGAACUUUAAUGAAAGGCCAGUUGACAAGCUUUACUUUUUUACAGCUCAUGAACAAGUUGUCUGUUUUCUUAUUUGUAAAAUGCAUCUUUUAUUUUUCAUAUAUCUUUGUAAUGAAAUCUUUUUAUAUAUCCAGUGUGUUUUAAAUUGUUGUUGAAAUAAAGAUUUUAUUGCUUUAA